GCUUAUCGUGCCUUCCUGCGUAUUUAUCAAAAGCGACUGGGUCUCUCAAGCUAUCAUUCAGCUGGAGGCACAGCAAAUCACGAGCCGUCCGAACUCAAUAAGCUGCAACCGGAUAAACCAUGAAGCUGCAAGCCCUAACAGCAAAGACCAGCGCAGUGCCUGUGCUCAACUCGUAGCUCCCUGUUUGAAACACGACCGGGUACUCCGUACCGGGUUCUAAUUUGCCUUUUUUUCUCUAUUCCGUCCUAGAGCCUUGAGCUAUGACGCGCUUGAUUGUUGAGGUUGAGAGGCUUUCACAUGCUGGCCCCAGAGGAGGACCAUCGGGUGACGACUCUGACGAGAGUCUUCUGGCGGCUUGAUUUCUCCCUCCGUCCACUGCGUCCAGUCGGGCUGUUGGCUGCUGGAUCCCGCCAGUAGCGCGAGAAAACUAAACUGCCACUAAUGCAGAACGACAGCCAGUCAGUGCAACUCAAGGGAUGUUCAAUUGGAUCAUUAUUGGCUCACCAUCUGUCCCUGGCGCUGGCAGGCAAGAAAAAUCCACACAAAGUUACAGACAGAAAAUCCACAAGCAUAAUUCCUAUCCUCUCCGAUCUUGUGUAAAUCCUGAUCAAUGGGUGAUAUUUUGACUUUCAUGCCAGCAUCAUUUAACACCAGCGCUCUGGGGGCUUUGAGACGAUGAAUUGCCGUCCCCGAAAUGCUUGGAUAGGGCCUGUAGAGUAGGAUCCAGUUAAGCGAGGAGUUUUGACUGACAUCAUUUCUCUGCUUGUCAGCAGCCUCGAACGUGAUUCGUUCCUGUAUAAGUAGAACUCGCACAGGCAUCGUUGUGCUCUCCACACUACUAGAAAACGGGGUGGAACACAUCUCAUGAGUUUGUCGAAUCAGAGGCUAUUCUGUUACUGGGAACUCCCAACAUACCCAGCAAUAGCAGAAUUCGACGAUAAUUUGCUUCGUCCUCUGUUAUCCUCGCGAGACAGGGUUUGUCGUGGUUGUGGUUGUUGACACUGUUGUUGUUCUACUGCUAUCGACUCCCCCCAUCGCAGCGGGGCGUGAACAUAAGUUGACCAGCUAAAUACACCUUCCAACACCAGUUGGAGACCCGAAGCACCACUCUUUUUUUCCCACGACAACGCUCACGACCCUCCCAACCAACGACUUUGUGCCUCAACGCUUCCGAGUCAAUUCAACUUGACUUCUUCGCUCACCUCUCGCGGGUUGACGCUUCUGCACCGUUGCUCCCGCCUUGACGACGACGGACUACCGCUUCAACUAUGAGUGAACAGGCGACCUCGUCAGGACUUGAAUCCCGUUCGAACGGGCUUCGUGAACGGAAUUUGCAAGCAUCAAAAUCUGCCGCUGACAGGGAUGUGGCUUCACAGUCUCUAGAGGACAAGCUACAGGUUGAAGAAGGGGAGGCGGAUACAGAGAAGAAGACUUUUGGCAGAACCCCAGAUGGCACAGUCUUCACCGUGCCUCCCACCCGUGAUAUGGUAUCGCAGCUACUUUCCCCUUCAGAACCAAAGAACAUAUCCGAUAUCUUCGUUCUCGCUAUUCUCGGCUGCCAUAUCCUUCUCCUAUGGUUUCUUCCCUCCUCGUUCCGGGUCGCAGCUUUUGCCGUGAUAUUCCUGUUCUGGCGUGCUUCUUACAAUAUCGGGAUAGGAUGGCUCCUACACAUGCAAUCAAACGGCCGGACAUUGGUCUGUUGGGCGAAAAAGUCAAACAUCUUCGUGAACCCAUCCACCGGCCAAAACCCCCAUCCGACCUUGUACAAGUUGCUCAAGUGGGAAUUGGAAACAAAAAUAUCGGAACAGUACUCUUUCGAGGAAGCCCCCACAGAAUAUAACACCUGGCUUGUAUUUAGACGUGUUGUCGACCUGAUUCUGAUGUGUGACUUUACUUCAUACUGCCUGUUCGCAAUCGCCUGCGGUGGUCGCCCUACUGGAGAAAGUUUCAUCAUGCUGGCUUUGAGAUGGAUUACCGGGAUGAGCUUGGUGCUCUUUAAUCUCUGGGUCAAGUUGGACGCUCAUCGGGUAGUCAAGGACUUUGCAUGGUACUGGGGAGAUUUCUUUUAUCUCAUCGAUCAGGAUCUCACUUUCGACGGUGUUUUUGAAAUGGCCCCCCAUCCUAUGUAUUCGGUCGGCUACGCGGGAUAUUACGGUAUCUCCUUGAUGGCAGCUAGUUAUAAAAUCCUCUUUAUUUCCAUCCUGGCACAUGCCGCUCAGUUUGCGUUCCUCGUUCUAGUCGAAAAUCCCCAUAUCGAGAAAACAUACAAUGCUCCCCCGCCUCGAAAGAGAGUUGCCGACACAGAUACGAAGCCACAAGAGGACGAAAACUCGCAUGAAGGUUCAGUCGUCAGCGACACCCUUAGCUCGGCACCAGUCAUCCCUCCCUUGCAACCUUCGUCGAUGCAUAGCCUUUUAGGGCUUCACAAUAUCGACCUGUAUCGGAGUACGGACCAAUCCGUGCUCUUAGCCCAGGUGCUCUUCUUUGCCCUCACAACUCUGACUCCAUCGACUCCUGUGUAUCAAUUUUGCUUCGUCCUUAACGCUGCCCUAUGGAGGAUCUGGUAUUCCGUGGGUAUUGGUUACAUACUCAAUCGCCAAUCAAACUGCAAAAUGUGGACAAGACACUUCGUGAAGUAUGGAGAAAGCAACCAUGAAGCUUGGCGACAAUGGAAAGGCACAUAUCAUUUGAGCAUGACCAUGACAUAUGCGAGCUUCAUCGCUGCUGCCUGGAAGAUGUACUCCUUUCCACAGGACUGGCGGUACGGACUUGUUCUCUUAAGGCAUAUCCUAGGGGCAAGCUUGAUCGCCCUCCAAAUUUGGACAUCUACUAGCAUUUACGAAUCCCUUGGCGAGUUUGGAUGGUUUUUUGGAGAUUUCUUCUUCGAUGAGUUCCCCAAACUUACCUAUAGUGGAAUUUACCGGUUCUUGAAUAAUCCGGAGCGCGUCCUUGGUUUAGCAGGUGUAUGGGGUGCAGUUUUGAUCACUAGUACCAAAUCCGUCGUUUUCCUUGCACUACUAAGCCAUACAUUAACUCUUGCAUUCAUCCAACUGGUCGAGCGCCCCCAUAUGCAAAAACUCUAUGGGCAGAGCCUACGACGAGAUGCGGGUCUCGUUAGGAGUCUGAAGCGUUCAUUGCCUCCCUCUCUUAAGCAAAUUCAUGGCAGUGUGGACAAAAUACUCGAUGACUCAUUUGAAUUUAUUGAAGAGUUCAUAGAAGCUGCCCGGCCUAAACUUGCCGCUGGUGUUCAGACUUUCGUGAAAGAUACUUCUGCCUUGUUUCAGAAGUACCCGGCACGAGUCACUAUUUCUCGCCUUGAACCGGACCUGGCUGGUUAUGAUCUGAAAGACUAUUCUAUUACAUUAGAAGGAACCCAACCUUCUCGGCCAGCACAAUUUGAAAGAGCCAGUGAUAAGGAAGGCGAAAGAGCACGAUCUAUGCCAUACAGGAGGGGUGAGCAGGAAAACCUCAUGUUCGAAUACGGUGCUCCGAUUAAAGUCAAAUGGACCGCGCCAUUGAACCACAGCAAGAAGGAUUGGGUUGGUCUCUACAUGGUUACCGAUAAUACCUCGCGGGAAGUCACACGAGUAUCUUCUCAGGGCCGAUGGAUCGCCACCAAUCAAGCUUCUUUCGAUUCUGAGACAUGCGAGCAAGGGCUGAUCUCGAGUGACAUUGUUUUGAAAAGCUCUCGUGAUGAUGGUGAACCGAGAGAUGUUGCAUCUGGAGAAAUGGUUUUCUCGGGCGAUAAACUAUGGUGGACUCAAGGUGUCUUCGAAUUUAGAUACCAUCACAACGGCAAGCAUAAUGUCAUGGCUGUAUCACGCCCUUUUGAAAUCUGCAUCGGAAGAUUCGACGAGGAUGACAUUGAAGUCGAUAACUACGGGCUUGUCAGGGCUGCUGUCGAAGCAGCUCUCCUCCCUGUUGUCCAAAAUUGUUUCGACAGAGACCCAGAAAUCGCUCCGCAGACUGUCGAAGAACAUUAUGGUUGCCUAGUUGACAGGGAUGGGAAGUACUCAAAGAGGGUGGUCUUUGCCGUUCAUCACAUGUUCGGUAUCGAAUUUGCCCCUGAAGUUGUCCGGGCCGAUGGAAAUAUCCGAAACUUGGCAUGGCGGAUAUGCAACGCCAAGAAAGUUCUGGCUCCAUAUAGUAUGUCACGCUCCAACGGAGCCUCGACACCAACGGCGGCACAUGAGGAGGAUUAGGCCCUUACUGGUCCUAAUGAAUGAUAAAUAACGAUGAAGAUGAAUCUCAUGGAUAUUUUUUGUCCUCUGCGUCUUCACUUACCAUAUAUACUAAAACGCUGUUCUUUCGCGACGAUACUAUAUCGUCGAUAUACCGGAGUCAAUCUGUCCUACUGCAUGCCCCAAGCAGAACAACGAGAGCCUAAGGGCACUAAAGGACAAAAUAGUUAAUAGAAGAAAGAGGGGUGACUUUAUUUAGACUUGUGUGGGCGGAAGCAACAUUUUUAUCCAUCUUCGGCUACUGAUCGGCGCCGCUAUUACUUUCUUUCAGUCAUUGCUUUCCCAGCAAACACGAAACCACUGGAUUGUGUGGUUAUUAUAUUUGGUUUUAGAAAGGGGGAUGGAGUUUUCUUCUGGCAGAGUGGUCGAGGGUCUUUGGUUCUAACCAUUUUAUAAACUUAUGCGCCAUCUCACAUGCAUGUAUAUACACACAUACAGGCGCAGCGCAGAACAUAAUAGGAACGAAAAAUCAGCUUGGUAUAUACAGAGUACAUAGUUUACGCAUAGAUAUGAAACGGUGACGCGAAUUUAUACGAUAUUAUGAUGAAAUAUAUAAUUCAGCGUCAAAAACGGACUAGAAUGAACAAUAUGGAAGCUUAUUUAGUAAUAGAAUCACAACGCCCUGUAUAAACCCAGAACCUCCCAGUCAGCUACUGAUUAUCGACGAUAUACCAAUGAGUUCAAAUCAAUCUCCGAGCACUGGCGUAACAAUGAUCAAAAAGCUGAGAAGAACUAAAAAUGACAGGCGGCAAAAACGAGGGGAUUUCGGGGAUGUGAUAUAUUCAGCAAAGCCAUGAACUCAUCCCUUCUCCCAUCCCGACACCAUCCUCAGGAAAAAGAACGGACCCAAGACGAGCCGUUCCCCCAAGAGAUGAUCGGACGAGCAAAUCAAUAAAGGAAAAUAAAAAAAAAGAGGGGGACAAGAGGAAAAGCCAAAGAAAAAUAAGAAUGGUGGGUAAGGUUUUUUACCACCCGGCCCCCCCAAAAAAACCUCUUCGAUAAAACACCAACAAAGCUCCACAACCGAUCAUUCCUCUUCCUUUUUACCCAUUUUCGUCGAACAGCUCCAGUUGUAUACGAGAGACGUCAACGGAAAGUAAAUGAAAAAGGAAAAAGUCCGGUAUAGGGAGAGUGGGGAGAUGCGGAAGAGUAGCUCGUUUUUCUUCUUCUGCUUCUUCUUUCCUUCCUGCGUUCUUUUUCCUUUCCUUCAUGAAAGAAGGGUGCUCCGUAAGGAGACUCGUGGAAUGGAUUGACUUAUUGUCAUCAUGAAGUUUUGGUCUGGUUGGGAGUGGGCUGAUGCAAGGGGUUUUUUUCAAAGGGAGAUAGAUACUAACAUUGAGAGUGAUAGAUGGGGAGAUACUGCUAUGUUAGUUCACUCGCCGUGGAAUGAGAUCAAAGAAGACUAUCUGAAAUAUCCCAAAGGCUUGUUAGCUAGAUUCUUGAAAAUUUCAUGCAAAGAACAAGUUUUGACGGAUUGGCAUAUGGAUCAGGAUCGUUAUUUUUGGUAAAUGUUUUUUCUUCAAUGAUUUUGCAGAAGCAGAACUGAAUAGAAGGUUUCUCAUCAUAGUAAAGGUGUAGGUUAGAUCAAAGGGUGGGGGAAAUAUUUUAUACCUUUUUCAGCCCUUCGCUCUUGACGGUUAAUCAACUACCCCCUUGAUAGACAUGCUCAAA